UGACGUUGCGCAGGGCGACAAGGCGGGCAAAGUAAAGAUGGCGGACCAGUUGGGGACCGAGCUGUCAGAGGAGAAAGAAGCCGAAAUUGAGCUGAAGAAAAGGCAAAAAAGAACAUGGGAGGGCUUGCACAAGUCGGGUAAAAUCGGCAUAACCCCGGAACUGCCAGAAACCCUGGGAUUUUACGACAUAAGCGCUGUCAGGAGGGAGCAACGGGAGCUGUCAGCAGAUCCAUCGUUGACGCGCUUCAUUUGCACCGAGCUCACCAGAGGUUACUUCCUGGAGCACAAUGAGGCAAAGUACACUGAACGAAGGGAGAGAGUUUACACAUGCAUGCGUAUUCCCAAGGAACUCGAGAAGCUGAUGAUCUUCGGCUUCUUCCUGUGUGUGGAUGCCUUUCUGUACGUCUUCACCCUACUGCCCCUCAGGGUGCUGCUGGCCCUUCUCCGGCUCUUCACUCUGCCUUGCUGUGGCUUCAGGGCACGCACAUGCCCCUACUGCAGAAGAAGCAGGUACGCUCCCACAAGGGCAUUAAGGAUUCAUAAACAUUAUCACUGUCCCCGACAUCCAUUCAUGGGUUUUUCAUGUCCGUCAUGUUUGUUAAUAUAUAGCUUGCCACCGCAAAUCAUGUCCCAGUCUCCAAGGCAAAGCUUCCAUGUUGACAUCCUGGAUGCUCUGUACUGGACAGCCACAGAACCCAAAGAACGGAAAAGAGAUAAUAUUGGAGUCAUCCCUCACUUUUUCAUGGCCGUCUUUUAUUAGUUUGUGGAAAUCAAAGGAAGUGUGUUCAAGAAAUUUGAGAAGAACAAUUUAUUCCAAAUGUCCAACAGUGAUAUCAAAGAACGGUUCACCAGCUAUGUCCUUCUACUCAUCGUUUGUCUCAGAAAUAUGGAGCAGUUCUCCUGGAACCCCGAUCACCUGUGGGUGUUGUUCCCUGACGUUUUUAUGGUUGUCACCUCUGAAGUUGCAGUUGAUGUCAUCAAACAUGCCUUUAUCACAAAAUUCAAUGACAUCACUGCAGAUGUGUACAGUGAAUAUAGAGCCAGUUUGGCUUUUGAUCUCGUCAGCAGUCGGCAGAAGAAUGCUUGUACUGACUACAGUGACUCAGUGGCCCGGAGGAUGGGCUUCAUCCCCCUGCCAUUGGCUGUUCUGCUCAUCAGAGUGGUGAUGAGUUCAGUGAGGUUGCAGGGAGCACUAUCAUACACCUGUGUACUGCUCUUUUAUCUUGGACUGGUAACACUGAAAGUGUUGAACAGUAUUGUACUCCUGGGGAAAUCAUGUGUCUAUGUCAAGAGAGCCAAAAUGGAGGACAAACUGUUUGAGAGGCCCUCGACUGCACCAUCCUCCUCUGCCAAGAGCCCUAGCAAAGCUGACCCAGCCAGGUGCCGCACACCUUCAGGUGAAUCUAAGGUGGUGCAGAUCCCUGCCACUCCCUGCAGCCCAACAUCCUCUUCCAUCUCGUCUGUGACCACUCAGCCUAUCCCUAGGACUGAUUUGUUUCCUCCACCAUUUACCUAUCCCUCACCUGCUAAACCAGCUAGCCGUCCACCUAGUCCACCUUCUGAUGCUGAUGCUGAACAACUUCCAUCCAUGCUCUUAAAGGAAGAUGACGAGGAUGAGGAAGAGGAGGAGGAGGCACAGCUGCCCUCUGAAACAAAGCACAAGACCUCCAAAAAAGACCUCCUUGAGAUUGACCGAUUCACAAUCUGUGGAAACCGCAUUGACUGAUCAGCCUCCAAGCAGCCACUGAUGUAGCGACUAACCACUCAGGAAAGACGGAGACCAAUGGCCUCCCAGCCUGGCUCUCCUGGCCAACAGCAGCAGAACGCUGAGUACUUAUAAAAUCAGUGACAUUACAGUAAAUUAUUGUUAAAAAAAAGAAAAAGUCAGACAAUCCUGCUGCUGUUGAAAGCUGAAGUCGAGAAGUUUCACAGGGAAAACUUCACCUGGCUGAUAAAACAGAAGAGGACAGAAAGUGAGUGUUGCAGCCGAGUUGUCAGGAUGAACUGGCAUAUGUCAGAGCGUGUGUGUGUGUGUGUGUGUGUGUGUGUGUGUGUGUGUGCACGCGCGCGAUUUAGGAUCAGGGUUGGGGUGCGAGAGUGUGUGCGAGUGAGCAUAUGUGUAAGUGUGAAGGCACUCUAGCACUUCCUGUAUGAGCAGCAGUGGGACCAGAAGGAGAGAAGUUUCUCAGUUCGCUCAGCAGCCAGAAAAAACUUCCAAACUCUGACAUCAAAAGUGACACUUGAAUGAUGAGAAUUUGCUUUUUUCCACCAGAAAACAAGUGUUGGGGUUUAUUUUAAGUACUAAACAUUCAACAUAUGAAAUUUUGCAAGAAAACAAAAACAGAGGUUAUUUAAAACAUCUGAGCUAAGAAAUGUAGCUCUGUUAUUAUAUGGCAGUUUGCAACCCAAGGAUCGCAAAAUUCUCAUCUCUUUUUUACAUUGUGGUUGUCUAGAAAAUAUUCAGAUGAACUUAAAAAGCAGAGCAGAAAAAACUGGAGUCAAAACUGAAUAAUGAAGGGUUUUUACUCAGACAUUGUUUUGAUUUAAGAGACUGAAACUGACAUGACUGAAAGGUUAGGAAACAUGGCUCUGAACGGUUACACACUGUCAAUAUUAGAGAUCUGUUGAUUAAAGUCCGUACCUCAGUGAAGCUGGUUCAAAUUUUUCAAUCCAGUAUGAAUUACAGGUGUUGCAAACACAGCUAAAAACAGUGAUUAUUUUUUAGAUUAAAAAACAUUCAUUUACACAGCCAUUAGGUAAAGACAUUUGCAGCCAUCCUGCGCCUUCGCCAUCUCAACAGCCUUUCAUUAAACGACCCAGUCAGCGUACAGUAUUAGCCAAAGCAGUUAAUGACUGCUGACUCUAAAUCUGCUGCAUCUACCACCCACUUACAUAGCCAGUCAUAGAGCAGAAGUCCUUUUAAAAUUAUGGAAAAAGUGCAUUUGUAUGUCAUAGCCCAUUAUAAUCUUGAUUUUCCAAUCACUUAGUUUAAGACAGUUUACACGCAGCUAUCUGUUAAAUGGACAUAAUCAAUGGGAAGAGUUCUCUUUUGGUGGGGUGCCUCAAAUUGGAGCAUAAUUUUUUGAUGAAUGGUAUUUAAUCUUUAGUUACUUUUGAAUGCACUGAUGGGCCGUAUUGCCUUUAAAUACGGUCAUGUUUCUCAUUCGACUCUAGUGAUGCUCUAAUGUUUACAUCUUAGGAUAAUAGAAGCAAUAUUUACACAACAAAAUGCCUUUUUUGUGUGUGUGUUUUAAGAUUUUUAUUUUUUUUGACUGACCUUGCAGAGUUGU